AUGAAUCUCUACUUUUCACGCGAUUACGAAAAAGACCAAUACAAAUUGAUUGAAAUUCCUAUUGAAGUUGCUGAUAUGAUUGAAAAUAUGCAAAUUCAAGAAGGAACUUUCACGAUGCGUAAACAGAAAUAUAGCGAUUCUCUAUUUUUGUUGGCUCCUUUAUCUAUAACGAAUAUUAGAAAACCCGAGAAUGAAGAUAACGCGAAUAAUGAUGAAAAUAAUGAAGAUAACAUGGAUGUAGAUAACGUGGAUGUAGAUAACAAUAAUAAUAAUGAUUCAAUAUCUCGUAAUUUUGAAGUAAUUGAUGUUUUGAAUCACAUAUGUGAAUUAACUCCUAGUGCACCAAAGAUUGAACAAUUAGAUGAUUUGUUGAAUAAAACUUCAUAUAAAGGACAAGAUGAAGAAAUUAAUUAUUUUAAAGACAAGGCAAAAUUCUACACAUUUGAUGAAUUGGAAGAAAUUAUACAAGCCAGUGAAGAAGAAUUGAGAAAUUCUCUUAAAAAAAGAAGCGCGAUAGAAAUAGAAGGGUAUUGGAGAUAUAUUGAUCAAGAAUAUAUAAAUGAAGUCUUUAAGGCAUGUAUUAUAAUGCUUGAUCCUUAUAACAUGGAAAUAGAUCAAGUUACAGCAAAGGAAUAUUAUGAAAUUAUUGAAUGUUAUGGAUUUCCGAAUUUUAUUGUUAAGCAUACUCUUGCAUUAAUAUCAGAAACAAUUGAUACUAAUGAAUCUGAACCAAUCUUUAGUUUAUCAAAAGAAAAGAUUGCUCGAUAUGUUGGUAUCCAAAUUUUGAGACAAACCGAAAAAUUUGAUAACGCAAUAAUCUUGGAAAAUAAAGAAAAUAAUUUAUCGGUGAUAUCAAAUGAACAAGAUAAAAUUAUAAAAUAUUAUCCAAUCUCUAGAUUAUCUUCAGAUCCAAAAUUAAGGUUCGAACAAUUAUUCCACUCCAGACCAUUUUGGAGAGAUGAUUACAUUAAACCAUUUUUAGUGGAUUUUUGUUUGGAUUUGAAUGACAAAUUUUCAUUGAGAAAAUAUAAUGAACUUAUAUUGAAAUAUGCAAUAAUUUUAUAUAUUGAUGGACGAAUUUAUAGAGAGAAUGGUCACAUUUUUUAUAUUUCAAAAUGGGCAAACAAAUUAAUAUAA